CGUCAUCGCAGGCGUUCGAGGCGUUUCAAACGCAGCACAUUGCGCAAGAAGCAGCAAGCGAAGAGGAAGACGACGACAGCACGAAAUUAUGGGGAUCCGUGGACUGCGCGCUGUGGUGGAAGAGGAGGACGAUGGUUGUGGUGGUGGUGUGGAGGUGGUGAAGGCGUACGAGGAUGUGGUCUUCCACAACAGCAGCAACAGCAGUAGCAGGGUUGCGGAAUGUGAUGGCAAGCAAGCACAAGAGGAGGUGAGCAAGCAGGUGGGAAAGGAUGAAACCGCCACCAGCGCCACCAGCAGUAACACCACCACCACCAACAGCAACACCAACACCAGCAACAGCAACAGCAACAGCAACAGUGUGGUUGUGGAUGGCGGUGGCUUGCUGUAUCGGCUGGUGCAAGAGGCCACCAGCAUGGCAGAGCACCCGCACGCCCAGUGGGAUGGCCUCAAAUACGCUGUGCUGCAGUGCAUGGACCUGCUCACAAAGUGCUUUGACUCGGUCACUGUUGUGUUGGACGGGCCUGCGCCGCUCACAAAGCAGGACACCCUGCAAGACCGGCAGCUGCAGCUGGCAAAACAUGCACGUGCCAUGUGCUCCAGCCUCGCACGCGAAGACGAAGGCACGCGGCACCACCACCACCAACAACAACAACGACAGAGCCACCGCGCUCCGCGCCACAAACAGCAGAAACACCAGCACCAGCACCGGCGCCACCAGCACAGAAAGCAGGGAAAGCGGGCAGCACGGAAGCAUGCCACAGCAGGGCAAGGGGCAAGGCCAUCCAAUCACGGCCACUCCCAGCGUGGGGCCGAUGGCCCCUGUAUUCUGCCGCCUGGCUUGUGGCACUUCUUCACGUCCAUCUUGCUGGAUCGGUUUGGCUCCAAGGUGGCUGUCAUCAUGGCGACGCACGAGGGAGACGCGCUUGUGGCGGCCGUGGCACGGCAGAAAGCGUACGGCUACGUGAUGGCAAACGACUCUGACUUUUUCAUGUACAAGUGCCGGUACUUGCCACUGCCGCACGUGCGCUUCGAUUACUCACAGGAGCGCAUCGAGUGCAAGCUGUUUCGUCGGGAGGCGCUGCUGCAGCGGCUUGGGUUGUCGUCGUGGCCGCAGCUGUGUGUUGUCGCCAGCCUUGCCGGCAACGACUACACCACGGCCCGCACGCACCAGCGUGCACUCAAGCGCCCUUCGGUCCUUCAGGCCGCGCAGCUGGUUGCAGCCUGCUUUGCUGAGCAAGAGGAGCAAGCACGACGACGACCACCACCGACCGCAACAGCAGAGGUCGGUGGCGAUAGGGAGGGCGGUGGCGAUGGUGAUGGUGGUGAUGGAGGUCGUGGUGCUGUCGAUAGAGGUCGUGGUGCUGAUAGCAAUGGCGGUGGAGAUGCUGGUGGCAACGGUGGUGAAGGUGUUGAGGGUGUUGGUGCUGUUGAAAGGGACGGUGAGAGUGCAGCCGAGGAGGGUGCUGUCGAAACAAGUGCGGAGGUGAUGGCUGACACGAUGGUGAAUGAGGCAUCACCAGCAGCAACGGCAGCAAGAGGUGUAGAAGAUGACGUGUGUGAAGAGCAACAGCAGGAGCGCACGGCAGAGGGUGGGGAGGUGGAUGUCGAUGUGGAAGCGCAGGCAGCAGUGGGCGAGACAAUGAUGGAAGGCGCAAGUGAGGAACACGUGACGACAAUCGACAGACAAGCAGGGGAGGAAGAAACGCAACGCGAGAUGAACGAGGGGAGCGCGGCAGAACAAGUGGGUGCUGUGGCGUCUGUUGUUCUUGUGCGCGAGAGCAUUCGAGGCGUCUCCACAACGCUCAACCGCACGAACUUUCAUCACAGCUGCAUGCAGUAUGCAGGAUGCAACAUCAACAACUGCCUUGCCGGCGUGCUGCUGAACAGCGAGCUAACACACCCAACGCAGCAACAGACGUUGCAGACGUUGCCGGACACGGUGCUUUCACUUCAGGCGGCCCUGCGCGUGCUGGAUGGCGUGGAUGCUGCUGCCAUCACCAGCACGCGAUUGGGCAUGUACCUGACAGCGUAUGUGUACUGCAGGCGACGCGAGUGGAAUGUGUUUGCGCUGGGUCUGGCCAGCCACCGCACCACGCUCGGCGGCGGCAGCAGCGGCGGGCGAUCACGGGCGCCGCAUCGUCUGCAUGUGCACGUGAACAUGCACGCGCCCGUUGUUGUCGACCACCGCGCGGGCGCACAGGUCAACCGACGGCUGUGCUCGCUGCAGCACCGGGCGCUGGUCCGCUUCAUAUCCGACGCCAUCCAACGACGGGCAGGGGCAGUCCCUGAUCACAGCAUCACCAACACCAGCACGAACAACAACAACAACAACAACAGCAACCAUGACAGCAGCAACCGCAGCAGUGUGCAUCCUGGCCAUGACCUGGACGUGGUGUGGGUGACGCACAAGGUGGUUGACGGGUAUGCGCUGCGCACGCUGUGCCAUUUCCCAGAUGCCUUUCCCUGCCAUGAUGAGGCAUGGCUGCACUUGUGCCAAGAACUUCUGCAGGCCACGGACAAGCGCCGCAAGCAGCAGCGCCAGCAAGAGGAAAGGCAAGAGGAGGGACGUGGCCUUGGCGAUGGUGCUGAAGCAGUGGCAGCAACGGCAACGCCAACACUGCAGGGAGGCCUGCAGGGAGGUGGUGGAAAACACAGCCCUCGAGCGAAGAACGCCGCCAGUGACGCUGGUCAUGCCAAAGGAAACCCGUUUGCGCUGCUGCUGCUGCCAGAUGAAUGA